GAGGAGGCGCGGGCAGAGUCGAGGCGCCGCGGCGACGGGAACCGGGGCAGGACGCGCGCGCGCGGGGAGGGUCCCCGGGGCCGGCGUUGGCGGCGGCGCGUCUCGCCUGCAGCCAUGGGGUCGGCGGCGCUGGAGAUCCUGGGCCUGGUGCUGUGCCUGGUGGGCUGGGUGGGCCUGAUCCUGGCGUGCGGGCUGCCCAUGUGGCAGGUGACCGCCUUCCUGGACCACAACAUCGUGACGGCGCAGACCACCUGGAAGGGGCUGUGGAUGUCGUGCGUGGUGCAGAGCACGGGCCACAUGCAGUGCAAGGUGUACGAGUCGGUGCUGGCGCUGAGCCCCGAGGUGCAGGCGGCGCGCGCGCUCACCGUGGGCGCCGCGCUGCUGGCGCUCAUCGCGCUCUUCGUGACCCUGGCGGGCGCGCAGUGCACCACCUGCGUGGCGCCGGGCCCGGGCAAGGCGCGCGUGGCGCUGGCGGGCGGCGCGCUCUACGCGCUCUGCGGGCUGCUGGCGCUGGUGCCGCUCUGCUGGUUCGCGCGCAUCGUGGUGCACGACUUCUACGACCCGGCCGUGCCCCCGGCGCAGAAGUUCGAGCUGGGCGCGGCGCUCUACAUCGGCUGGGCCGCGGCGGCGCUGCUGCUGGGCGGCGGCGGCCUGGUGUGCUGCGGCGCCUGGCUCUGCGCCGGCCGCCCCGACCUCGGCUUCCCGGUCAAGUACUCGGCGCCGCGGCGGCCCGCGGCCGGCGGCGACUACGACAAGAAGAACUACGUCUGAGGGGCGCGCGCCGGGGGACCCCCGCGCGCCUGGGAGAGACUGGAUCGGUUUCCGCGGCCGUGCGCCGCGCCGGCCCCCGAUGGUGGCACCGGACUGAAGAUGCCACUUCUUCCCCAGACCCUGGGGACUUAGGGGGCUUCUGCUGAUUCCGGAGGGGCGGAGCGCGAGCCCGGCCCCCAGCCCGGGCGGCCAGAUCUUGCCGGGGGGAUGGAGGUGUGCAGCCGGCCGGUACCCCCCCCACCGACGGUGCCCCCCCCCCCCCCGAGAGACUCAGCCGGGACCUCCCCGCCUCCCCAGCAGCUGCCCAGUCCAAAGCUCGUGGGCACCGGGGGCUGGGGCGGGCUGGAGCUGCGUCCUGCCGGCAGCUUGGAGGGGGGGUGAGAAUGUGCUCAGUAAAUGGUUUGCACACCUUG